GCGUGUCCCCUUUCUGACUCGCGGAUCGAUCACACAGCAGAAACGGUAAAGAGCGACAGAGUGGUAAUUGCCACUCCUUCUGGCCUUUUUUUUUUAAAGAGACCUAAGGAUGCGAUUCAAACCCGUAGUAUACCUCUCGGCGAGGUGAGUGACAAUGGACUAUUCGAAUACCACUUGUUUGAAUGUGACUGAAACUAUUGUCCUGUUUCCUGUCCAUCAACCCAAGCUCUCGACCCUACAGGGGAAUAUCAUUGCGAUUUAUUUGACGGUUGUGGGGAUUUUUUCUCUCAUUGGAAAUGGCAUUACCAUUGUGGUCAUCUGUCGAUUUCCAAAGCUAAGAACUGCAGCCAAUAUCUUCAUCGCGAACUUGGCGGCUGCGGAUUUGGCCAUCACAAUUCUGACGUUUCCAUUCUCUGUUGUAUCCCAUUUCUAUAACGGAUGGCAGUUUGGACAGGACGUUUGUCGAUGGUAUGGUUUCAACUGUAUGCUAUUCGGUCUGGGCAGCAUUGCUUUUCUGGCGGCCAUCAGCUGCGAUCGCUACCUUGUGACCUGCAGACACGAGUUAUAUUGUAAAUUUAGCAAGCGCCAUUACUUCAUAGUGAGCGUUUUACUGUGGACGAAUUGCAUGAUCUGGGCAGCAGCCCCGUUCAUGGGGUGGGGAUGCUACGACAAUGACGUAACGGGCGUGCUAUGUACUAUAACCUGGACCUGCAACGGAAGAGCGGCGUUUGCAUCCUUCAUUUACGCAUUAUCUGUCGUCUGCUUCAUCUUGCCGUGUUGCAUCAUCACCGUCAGCUACAGGAAGACAUAUCAAUUCAUUAAAGCAGUGGGGGCAGGGGGAUCGCAGGAAAACAUCGAAUGGACUCAUCAGAAACAAAUCACGAAGAUGUGUGUUGUGGCUGUUAUUUUAUUCCUCGUUGCUUGGAUGCCAUUUACCAUAUACUUCCUGAUUAUUUCCAUCCAGGAAGCCAAUACACUUCCUGCCUUAUUCCACGUUGUGCCAGCAGUGUUUGCCAAAACCUCCACUUGCUACAAUCCCGUCAUUUACGCUAUUGUCAACAAAAGAUUCAGGAUUGCCAUCCAAAAGACAAUUCUUUGCGAGAAGAACGUGAAUGAUUUGGACUGUAUGCCCAUGCGAAGGGUGCGAUGAAAGCAUAUAUAUCUAAUACAGAAGGAAGAGCACGAAAGCUUACUUUGUCUCUCACUGUUGAACAUGCGCAGUGAUGAAUAUUUUUGCUGUUGUCUACGGCCAUUUCAUUUCGUUUCAAAGAAAAGAAAAGAAAACCCAUCUGAGUAUCAAAACCUCGUUAUUUUAUACAAUCGUAUAUUUUUGGGGAAUUGCAUCGUUAAUUAGCUUUGUAUUGCCAUUUUCAGACGAUCAUUUUUCAAAAUAAAAAAAUAAAUUGUUCACACAGUCAAAUUUUCCCUCUGUCGUGGAUUUCUACACUUUUUGGAGAUUUAUUCCGAAAAUACCUGGGUAUCUGAAAUGUGUUUUGUGUCGAUCUACUUAAUGAAUGACGACACGUUAUAGGUAUUUAUUUAUAAUCACUGAGCGGCUUAAUGAUGUUGAUAGGAUUGUGUAUGCUAUUAGUGUUAACUUUUGAUUCGGUCCGCACGAAACUACCCUAUCCGUUUCUGUUGGACGCCUUUCCUUUAGAAAAGAAAUUCUUGGGAAAAUUUAGAUAGUUUUAUGGUCUUCCUCUUUCUCCGGUGUUGUACAUUUUUUUCUAACAUUCUGUGACCACGAAGCCAUUUUCAUUAAAACUUUGUAAUUUUAGUGUGUGAAUUCAACGUUAAGUUUGAAUAUUCUAUGACCCGGAGUAAAGCAAUCUCUCUCUCUCUCUCUCUCUCUCUCUCUCUCUCCAGAUGAAGAUUUUGCAUAUAUGAAUGUUUUCAAGUUAGCUUGCAGCCUAUAAUUACUUUUAUCCUAUAUUUUCUUUAGAAGAAAAAUUUUCACUGAUCUUCAUAAUUACAAUAUUACCUAACUUUAUUGAAAACUC